AUGUCUAUCCAAAUCGAGCCCUCCGAGUUGGGCUUCCACCGUCCCUUCAACCAUGAGAAAUGCCAGGUCCUACGCCUGACCAACACCAACCAGGAAUCUGUUGUCUUCAAGGUCAAAACCACCGCUCCCAAGCAUUACUGUGUGCGCCCUAACUCCGGCCACAUCGAGCCCGGCAAGGCUGUGGAGGUCCAAGUUCUUCUCCAGGUCUUGAAGGAUGCGCCGGCACCAGGCGCCAAGUGCAAAGAUAAGUUCUUGGUCCAGGCCGUCCCCGUUGCUCCUGGCCAGGAACAGGCCAGUGUCACCCAGGUCUUCGAUCAAACUCCCAAGGCCGAUGUUGUUGAGCGCAAGAUCCGAGUGACUUGGUUGGAAGAAGAUUCUGGUGAUAAGGUUAAUGACUCCAACCCCCCGCCUAUACCUCUCCCCGGAGGCAAUUUCGAGACCCCAGCCCCCAAGAAGAGCACCGUCGACGAAGCUUCUCCCAUCCCUCAGCCUGAUUUCUCCGACAAGAUCAAGUCCGAGAUCAAAUCCGAGCCCUCUCCCCAGCGCGAGGCUGCCCCCUCUGCCCUUUCAAGUGCCAAGUCCGCCGUCGCCAAUGCCCUUCCCUCCAGUGAUGAACUCAAGGCCCAGCUCGCCGAAGCCAACGCACAAAUCCAGCGUCUCAAGGACCGACUUGCGGACCAAGGCCUCCGCCAGCGGAAGACCGGUGCCGAGGCUGGCAAGGCCGCACCUGCCACCAUGCAGCAAUCACAUGCGCAAACACAGGCCGGCGUCUCCAUUCAGGCUGUCGCGGGUCUAUGCCUGCUCAGUUUCCUGAUUGCCUACUUCUUCUUUUAA